GCUGAAAAUGACUGAAUAUAAACUUGUGGUAGUUGGAGCUGGUGGCGUAGGCAAGAGUGCCUUGACGAUACAGCUAAUUCAGAAUCACUUUGUGGAUGAAUAUGAUCCUACGAUAGAGGAUUCUUACAGGAAACAAGUAGUAAUUGAUGGAGAAACCUGUCUCUUGGAUAUUCUCGACACAGCAGGUCAAGAGGAGUACAGUGCAAUGAGGGACCAGUACAUGAGGACGGGGGAGGGCUUUCUUUGUGUAUUUGCCAUAAAUAAUACUAAGUCAUUUGAAGAUAUUCACCAUUAUAGAGAACAAAUAAAAAGAGUUAAAGACUCUGAAGAUGUACCUAUGGUUCUAGUAGGAAAUAAAUGUGAUUUGCCUUCUCGAACAGUAGAUACAAAACAGGCUCAGGACUUAGCAAGAAGUUAUGGAAUUCCUUUUAUUGAAACAUCAGCAAAGACAAGACAGGGUGUUGAUGAUGCCUUCUAUACAUUAGUUCGAGAAAUUCGAAAACAUAAAGAAAAGAUGAGCAAAGAUGGUAAAAAGAAGAAAAAGAAGUCAAAGACAAAGUGUAUAAUUAUGUAAAUACAAUUUGUACUUUUUUCUUAAGGCGUACUUAAGUAAAAGUGGUAAUUUUUGUACAUUACACUAAAUUAUUAGCAUUUGUUUUAGCAUUACCUAAUUUUCUUUCUGCUCCAUCCAAACUGUUAGCUUUUGAAUGCUUAUUUUAAAAUGACAGUGGAAACUUUUUCCUCUAAGUGCCAGUAUUCCCUGAGUUUUGGUUUUUGAACUAGCAAUGCCUGUGAAAAAGAAACUGAACACCUGAGAUUUCCAUCUUGGGGUUUUUGGUGCAUGCAGUUGAUUAUUUCCUAUUUUUCUUACCAAUUGUGAACUUUGGUGUGAAGCAAACUAAUGAAGCUUUUGAAUCAUCCCUCUUUUGUGUUUUAUCUAGUAGCCACACACAUGGGUUACUAAAGAAUUAUGACUUCAAUUGAGAGUUCAUGAGUGGUUUUACCAAAACAUUGAGGGAACAUGAAUAAUAUAUGGGCGUUCUGUAGCUUCAUCUUGUAACUAUCAUGUUCUGUAGUUUGUCUCCCUUGACGAAUGUAAAAAACACACUGUUCACCAAGGUUUUCUCCCUCUUUCCACUGCUAUUUGUCAUUGUCACGCUCCCAAAAAUACUAUAUUUUUUCUAUAAAAUAGGGGAAAAAAUGGAAAAAAAUACAAGGCAAUGGAAACAACUAAAAGGCUGUUUCUUUCCACGGAUUACAUCAGUUCUAAUUAUCUUGAGUAUCUUUUGCUGUUAAAGCACAUCCAGUUUGGAAUGAGGGUUAUAACAACCAUUUUGGGGUUAUAUGGUAGUAUCUUCUCCCAAAUUUUUGUAAUAAUCAAAAGAAUUUUAAUAUGUAUAAAAAAUUCGCAUAGAAAUUAAAUAUUGUCUCCCUGUUUCAGAUUGCUCUUUUGUAGCAUAACUUUGAAUCUUUUCUUGAACAUCAGUCGAUAAAAAUCAUAGGUUUAAUUCUGGUAGUGGUGUUACAGAUUAUUUGAGCCAGUUGGUUCUGUAGGUGUUGAGGAGACCAAGGCUGUGAGACCAGGCCCUUGUGAGUGACCCACGGUCAGAGUCAUAGUGUCUGGACACUCCCCAUGCUCCUCUGGGUUGUGGUGCAUUGGUUGGUCAAAAAUGGGGACCAGGUGAGAGUUUGGGGUGCUCGGCAAGAUACAUUCUCACUGUUGGUAGAUUUGCUGACAGAUCAGGAGCAGCACUUUGGGUUUUAGGACAUUUUUUAAAAGAAAAAAAAAAAACUCUAAAAAUUUAUUUUUAAAUGAAAUUUGAGUUCUGGGGUGCCAAGACCAGGUUUUUUUAAGUAAGGAAGUGAGAAUGUUUUAAAAUUUCUAGUAUCGACUAGUUCUCUUAACUGUGGCUGAAAUAACAGUUGAUAAACACUUUAUAAGUCUGAUCCAUUUUUCAGAAUAUCUUUCUUAAAAAAUAGGUAUCAGUAAAUUAUUCUUUUAGUGCAUAUAAAAUGCUCCUUAUUCUAAAAUAUUUGAAGUGAGAUGGUUUGUUGAGGUGAAAAUAUCACUGGACUAGGAGAAAGGUGACUUAGAUUGUAGUUAUUUUCACAAUUACAGUUUUCAGCAAAUCACUGUCUGUUUCUUUAUGUUUUAAAGAAGUCAUCUCAGAGGUUGUAUCUAGCAUAUUACAACUGUGUGAUUUACAUUCAGUUUACAAAAGGAUACACCCACUUGUCACUCUCACAAGCCUUUUUACCUGUGUUAUCUUUCAUCGCUAGCCAUAGGCAAAAUUGUGCAAGAGGUGAAGCUUAAUUUUGAAUAUCCAUGGACUGUUUGAGGACUGUUCUCUCCCUCUUGUUUCAUCCUGCCUGCCUGCUCUUCUGCAUGCCCCAUGACUUGAUGCUUUGUAAUACUUCUGAUUCCCUUAAGAUUUUAGCUGCUCUGGAUAACUUUGUGGUGUUCAUCAUUACACCAAAAUGCCUUCCAGCUUAUGUCCUCGGGCUUCACUGACUCUUGACAGAUACUAUCAUGGGACUCAGCCUGAGAGCUCAUUUGAUUGUGGUGGCUGGCGCAAUAUAAUCUUGAUCCUUUGAACAGCAUCUCUGCUGUGUGGUCUAUUAGUGACUAGGAAUUUUCAGACCUGCUUUGAAUAGGCAUUGCCCUAUCCUAAUUUUUAGUGGAAGAAUAGUUAGAUAAAGGGUGCUGACAGAACUCCUUAAUGUCCAGUGAGGACUAAUCCUAAUACCAAAGGGACAUUCCAUUGUUUUAAUAACAAAUAUUACAGUAAGAAGAUUCAGUUCAUAAAGCUUUUAGGAGAAUUCAUUCCUCUGAUUUCAGUACCUACUAGUUGCCAAGCACUAAGGAUAUCCUGGUAUCCCCCAACUGGGACAUAAAUCCUAUGUUUAAAUAGUGCUUAUAUUCUAGAGCAGUCUGUAUCUUAGUGACGCAUUUGGCCCAUGAUCCAGAGAUAACCUGACAUUUUAGUUUUUAAAAAAAAGGAUAUGGUCUUUACAGUUUCUUCAGGUUCUAAAAUAAUAGUUUUGCUGUGAUUCCAAUAUUUAAUCAAGCUACUUUAUAUAAAUCAUUUCAUUGUUUUAAAGAAAUAAACUUGAUUAUAUCAUUUUUUAAUUUGGCAUGACUGUGACUAUUGAGACAAUUAUAGUACAUAUUAGUUGUUUGUUAGCAAAUAAUAUUAAAAUUUCCAAGUGUGUAAUAUUCUGGUUGAUCUCUCUGUAUGAGUAAUUAAUAUAGACUUAAAAUUACUGAAUUCUAAAUUAGUUUUGUUUAUCUGGAUAUAAAUACAUAGGUGCCUGAAGUAAUUCACAGAGAAGGAAAUUUCUAGGGUAAAAAUUAACAUGACUUCUUGAGAUGCUAUGCCAAAUUAAAGGUUUAUUGAACAUUAUCUAGUGUAAGGUGUUAAGAUUUGUAUAGUACUGUCUCUUGUUUCUAUGCAAGAGGAAAAAAAAUGGCCAUAUUUCAGGAAUUACAGUGCAUAACUUAGGGGCUUUUUAUGAUUCUUGAAUUUUUGAUGUAGCUGGGCAGUUUUUUUUUAAGGUGGUGGUUAUCCGUUAUGUGAAAUCUGAAUGGCUUGACUAAAGGUUUGUUUUCGCAGAGGCUUUUUAAAAGGGAGAGAUAAUCCUAGAAAUAACAAAUGUUAUCUAAUUGUUACAGCCUUAAAGAUAAAAAUCCUGAAAAGUUGAAAAAAAAUUAAAUUAACUUAGUGUUAGACAUUAACCUGUUUGUGGAUGAAUGUAGAAGAGUGUAGUAUAUUUGAUUGAAUAGACCUAAGUAGGAUCUCUAGGCUCUGUUUUAACUGAGUCACACUGCAUAGGAAUCUGGAACCUAAUUUUUAAAAUCCAUCAAAACCUUUGGCACCAUUGCACAGUUUUGUCCUAAUACAUAUAGAAACUUUGUGGAGCAUGUUAAGUUGCAGUUUGCACAAGUUCAUCUUACUUGGAUUCCAGUGAUUUUAUUUUUCCUAACCAUUCUUUUUUUUAAAUAUAUGGAUCUUUGGGUAGGCAAUAAAAACUCAUUUCCAUUUGUCCAAAAUAGCUUAUCAGUAAUUACAUAUUAAUGUUUAAAACUUCAUCAGUUCUUUAAAGCUGUAUUUAUAUUUAGUAACUUCUGUGUUAUUGGAUAGUAUGAAUCUGCAUUGAGAAAUUAAAUAGCAUUCCACUAGAAGCUGGAAAUUCCUUCAGAAAAUGGAAGUUCUUUCUAAGGAUAUUUUAUCAGUUCCUUAUUAAGAGUAGUCAUAACUAGAUUAACAGUUGUUUUAAUUUAAUAGUUUUAAGUGCCAGCUUGGGAUGAUAGGCAAUUUAGGAAAAAAGUUAUUACCUGCAGAAAUGUCAAUUACAGAGGGUCUCCCUCCCCAUAGAGCUAAAUGGGUUAUGUAAUGUUUGAUCUGAAAGUUUCCAGUUCCACUGUCUUGUGUUUUCAUGUUGAAAAUACUUUUGCAUUUUUCCUUUGAGUGCCAAUUUCUUACUAGUACUAUUUCUUAUUGUAACAUGUUUACCUGGAAUGUAUUUUAACUAUUUUUGUAUAGUGUAAACUGAAACAUGCACAUUUUGUACAUUGUGCUUUUUUUGUGGGACAUAUGCAGUGUGAUCCAGUUGUUUCCCAUCAUUUGGUUGCGCUGACCUAGGAAUGUUGG